AUGUGGCGUCAAAGAGCUAAAACUCACUGGAUGCAGGAGGGGGAUAAGAAUACAAAAUAUUUUCAUGCUAAAGCCUCGUCGAGAAGAAAAGUGAAUACUAUAUCGGGUCUUCAGGACCGGGCUGGUGUUUGGCGUGAAAAGGAUGAUGAUAUGGAGACCAUAGUUUUGGAAUACUUUAGAGAUAUUUUCACAUCUAGUAACCCAUCAGAUGAUGAGCUAAAUGAAGUGCUAGAGUCUGUUGAGUCGAGAGUUGGUCCGGAAAUUAAUUACGAGUUAACUAGGGAUUAUACGGCAGAGGAGAUUAACAGAGCUCUAGAAGGUAUGCACCCAUUAAAAUCCCCAAGCCCUGAUGGAUUUCCCGUUAUCUUCUAUCAAAGAUUCUGGAGAAUUAUAGGGAAUGACGUAACCAAAUGGGUUUUGAGGCUGCUGAACCAUAAAGAAUUUCCUUCAACGGGUAAUUUCAAGCAGAUUGUUCUUAUUCCCAAGUGUUCUAAACCAGAAACUAUGGCUCAUUUCCGCCCGAUUAGCCUAUGCAAUGUCGUGUACAAAAUUGCAUCUAAGGUAAUUCUCAAUCGAUUGAAACCUUUCAUGCACCGAAUAAUCUCAGAUUCUCAAUCUGCUUUCGUCCCAUCGCGGCUAAUCACAGACAAUAUCCUUAUAGCCUACGAAGUCACGCACUAUAUGAAGCGUAGCAAGGGAGAACAUAUGGCGAUAAAAAUUGACAUGAGUAAGGCCUACGACCGCAUAGAAUGGAAAUUGCUACAAAAGGUAAUGCUAAAGUUGGGGCUUGAUGUUCGCGUAGUCGAGCUUAUCAUGAAGCGUGUGUCCACAGUGACUUACUCAUAUGUUCUUAAUGGUGGCGCCUUUGGCUCUCUUAUACCGGGUAGGGGGUUACGAGCAAGUACUCAAUCAGCUAAGAGCGCCAAACGGGUUCUCAAGAUUUAUGAAGUAGCGUCGGGGCAAGUUGUUCAUUUUCAGAAAUCGAGUAUUGCCUUUAGCAAAAGUACACGGAGACAGGUGGUAGAGAUGGUCAGUGUUAUUCUUCCCAUGGAGAUAGUGGAGAAACAUGGUAAAUACCUCGGUUUACCAUCUAUUAUUGGCAAAUCCAAGCGAGAGGAAGUGGAUAGCCAUAUGGCUAAAUAUUGGUGGGAGGAUUCUAAAGGAAAAGGAGUCCACUGGAUUAAAUGGAAGACUAUGUGCGAUAGUAAAGACACAGGCGGUCUGGGGUUUAGAGAUUUAGAAUUAUUCAACGAGGCACUUCUAGAGAAACAAUUAUGGAGAGGAGAUUUUCCGUGGGAUUUAUCCGUUAAUGAGCUCAUUGAUGAAGAUACCGAGCAGUGGAAUGCAACACUUAUUCGUGAAGUUUUUUUCGAAGAAGAUAGCGAAUCCAUCCUCUCUAUUCCCCUUGGCAGUAAUUCUAAUGAGGAUCGUUAUAUCUGGAACUACAACUGGAAUGGGGUCUUUUCAGUCCGCAGUGCCUACCAUCUUGCACCAAGAAUUAAGGCUGACAUCGAUGGGGGAGUAGGUAAUAGUUCAAAUACCCAACGACAUGGAGAGUGGAAAUGGAUAUGGAGGUUACAUCUUCCGAAUAAGGUAUGGGCUCUUUCUCAGGUCCUAUUCUCGGUCUACCAUACGGCGAUAUCCGAAUUCCUUAACUGGAACAAAUGUAUGUUCGAGGGGAAUGUUCCUGACCCGGGGACAAUUAUAUUCUUCAUGAACAAAAUGUGGAAUGAUCUCCAAACGGCCACAACCGAAUUAUUGUCUCCAAAUAUUAGGAGAAUUAGGAAGGAAGUUCGUUGGCAACCCCGAGAGGCAGAUUUUGUGAAGCUGAAUUUUGACGCCUCUGUCAAUGCCGUCGAUGGAGUGUGCGGUCUUGGAGUGAUAGCUCAGUCGGAGUCCGGAGAGUGUAUUGGUUGGCAUACAAAAUGCAUUACACAACAUCUUGAACCAACCGCAGUAGAAUCUAAAGCAGCUUUAAUGGCGAUUGAACUGGCUCAAGAUAACAAUUGGCAGAGGAUUGUACUUGAAGGGGACUCGAGUGUUGUCAUCGCUACUGUCGGAGAAUCAAAUUGCAACGCAGACUCCAACACGAUUGUUAACGAUAUUAUCUGA